AUGCGUACCUCAACACUUGCGUGGGCUGCCGUCACGGCCCUCUCUGCCCUCGUCGAGGCUGCCGACCUCGAGGCGUGGAAGUCUAGAUCCAUCUACCAAGUCAUGAUCGAUCGUUACGCCCAUACCGAUGGCUCAACCGACCACGAGUGUGAACUCUACAAGUUCUGUGGUGGCACAUGGGCCGGCUUGACCAACAAGCUUGACUACAUCCAAAACAUGGGCUUCACUGCUAUCCAGAUCAGCCCCAUUGUCAAGAACAUGGACGAUGACACCGCCGUCGGUGAGGCUUACCACGGUUACUGGUCUCUCGAUAACUACGCCCUCAACGACAAGUUCGGUACCUCGGACGACUUCAAGAACCUGGUCAAGGAGAUGCACAACCGUGACAUGUACCUCAUGGUCGAUGUCGUCGUCAACAACAUGGUCCAGAAGCUCGACAGCCUGCCCCCCAAGCUCGACUACUCCAAGUUCAACCCCUUCAACGAGGAGUCCGACUUCCACCCUUACUGCAACGUCACCGAGUGGGACAACAGCACCAACUACCAGGACUGCUGGCUCUACCCCUACGGCGUUGCCCUCGCCGAUUUGGCCACCGAGAAGACCACCGUCGUCGAUGAGUUUGGCAAGUGGAUCAAGGAACUCGUCUCCAACUACUCUAUCGAUGGUCUUCGUAUCGAUGCCGCCAAGCACGUCAACGAUGCCUUCCUGCCUACCUUUGUCAACGCCUCUGGCGUCUUCGCCUUCGGUGAGGUCCUUACCGGAGCCCCUGCCGACUUCUGCCGCUACCAGACCCUGAACCUGCUGCCCGGCAUGCCCAACUACAUCGAGUACUACCCCCUCAACAAGGUCUUCUUCGGUGGUGACAUGAACGAGCUCGCCGACUGGCGCUCCCAGGCCCGCGAUGGCUGCACCGACAUCUUCGCCCUCGGAUCUUUCGUCGAGAACCACGACAUGCCCCGUUUCGCCGUCUACGAUGAGGAUAUUGAGCUUGCCAAGAACGCCAUGGCUUACAUCCUUUUGACUGACGGUAUCCCCACCGUCUACCAGGGACAGGAGCAGCACUUCAACGGUAACUCGACUCCCUUCAACCGUGAGCCCCUCUGGCAAUCCAAGUACGACACCACCGCGCCCAUUUACCAGCUCACCUCUACCCUCCUCAAGACCCGUAACGCCCUCCAGGCCACCAACAAGGACUUCGCCACCACGGCCUCUGAGCAGCUUUUCGUCGAGAACACCCACCUGUGCCUCCGCAAGGGCCCCGCGGGCGCCCAGGUCGUCUUCUGCGUCACCAACAAGAGCUCCAAGGGCGACACCUACCAGCUCAGCGUCGGCGGCUUCAACCCUGGUGAUGCGGUCGUCGAGGUCACCACCUGCGGCACCAGCACCGCCGACGGCACCGGCAACGUCACUCUGUACAUGGAGAAGGGUCAGCCCCGCGCCGUCGUUCUUGCGUCCUCCAUCGACGCCACCAAGAUCUGCCCCAACGGCACCACUGCCGCUGGUCAGAGCAAGAGCGCCGCCGGCUUCAUCGGCAGCAGCAUGACCCUGGUCCUGGCUUCCGUCAUGGCCGUUUCUUUUGCGCUCCUCGCAUAA